AUGACGGCUGACCGUAGUCUUAUUUUUUGGUAUAGGAAAAUUUUUUUUAGCAAUGUCGAAGACUCCUUAGAGUCCAAUUCUAACCUCUGUCGGGGUUGCGCGAAAGAUUUCUCUUCCGAACGGACCUUCUCUUUGCGCCAAUUACGCGCACUUGCAGAGAACUGUGAUCUUUGCAAGUUAUUAUAUUUCGCGCUCUCUUCUCUUAACACAAAUGAUAAAGCGCCGAUUCGAGUGCGAAGAAACGGCUCGGCCUUAGAGCUAGCUGAUGGCAGUGAACGCAUUCUUCAUAUCUGCUCUCCUUCUGGUAGGGAUAUCAACAACGUCCAAGCCGGAAUUCCUGAUUUAUUUGCAUUCAGGAAUUCUUUAAUCAACUCGCCCCUCUAUUUGAAGCUGCUUCGCCGAUGGCUCGAAGAAUGUGACCAUCACCACGGAUGUCAUAGGGAAGCAAAAUUCUGCCCGACGCGACUGAUAUUCGUUGGUGAUUCCGAUCGCAAUACGCUUCGACUUGUGGAGCAGGCUGGUAAAGUGGACUAUAUCGCACUCUCACAUUGUUGGGGUAAUCCAACGACAGAUGAAAAGAAGACGUACUGUACCACUCCUGAGAAUAUUUUGAGGCGGCAGAGCGGAUUUGCCUGCGAAGAUCUGCCAAAGACGUUUCAAGAUGCCGUUCAAGUGACUCGGAAACUUGGAAAAUGUUUCCUAUGGGUAGACUCCCUUUGCAUUAUCCAGGACGAAAUGGACAACUGCGAUUGGAAAAAGGAGUCGAAACUCAUGGAGCAAGUAUUCUCCUCCGCCUAUUGCACCAUUGCUGCUACUUCAGCGGCUGGUUGGAAUGAGGGAUUCCUUGAGCGGGAAUCUACAAUCCAGUCUAUCCGAGCCCAAGAUGUCUCUGGAAACCGGAUUUACGUUUGUAAUAACGUUGAUAACUUCGAUAACGAUGUGGAAGACGGAAAUCUAAACAAAAGAGGCUGGGUCUUACAAGAGAGAGUUUUAUCCCGUCGAAUCAUCCACUUCACCAAAAGACACACAUAUUGGGAAUGCGGCGAGGGAGUGCGUUGUGAAAACUUCACAAGCAUGAGAAGUUCAUUUGGGAGGAAGUAUUUCCUUCUUGACCCCAGAUUUCCGGAUCGACUUACCCAGUCAGGAUAUGUCCGAACUAUUCAAUUCUUACAAUAUUUUUUUCCAAGGUACGCUCGAUGCCGUCUCAGCAAGCCAUCAGAUAGAGAAGUUGCAAUUUUCGGUCUGAUGGAACGAAUGAAAAAUCUCUGGGGGACUGAGCAAAAACAUGGGGUAUUUACGCACCUCCUUCCCAGGCUCCUUCUCUGGCAACGAUCCGAAGAGAAUGGUACGGAAAGUGUAUUCGAAGGCCAGCCGUCGUGGUCCUGGAUGAGGUAUGGCUCGAUCAAUUUCCCACCUAUUUCAACUAGGGUUAUGCUCGCGAGUAAUGUUACACCGUUGUUUGAUGCUGGGGGAGAUACACUUGUCGUCGAAGUUAGGUCAUUUAAGAAUUCUAAACUGAAACAAGAGGGAGGGGGACCCCCAAUUUUGGUUGAUUCACGAUUGAUGACAAGGUCACGAUUGAUGACAAGGUCACGUACCAUUGGCGAGUUGUGGUUCGAUAGAGAAUUUGAUCUCGAUUUAGACCAUGGUGUGGUCGUCGUUGCGGUGGAAGUCGAGCAACAGCGAGAUACCAAUAAAAACUGUUGGGUAUUGGUCGUCCAAAGAUCGUCGGAGAAUCGAUAUAUAAGAGUUGGGCUAGGGAAGAUUGAGGCGCGCUACAUAUCAGAAGAAGGAUAUAAAAGAUGGUUAUUGUAAGCUUCAAUCUACACGGAGACGUUUGAUGACACCGA